GGCCGGAAGCGUCGGGCAAAAAGGGAGGGGGUUCUGCUCUGGUUCGGAGCGAAGGGAAGACAAAUUGGGCGCCGAGGCGGAGAGCUGCAGUAACUCAAGAAGAAAGAAAGUCCCAAUGGCAGAACUAUCUGCACACUUAUCACAGGUCCCGCGUGGGCAACUGAGAGAGAACUCUCCUGACAAUCACCUGACCAAUACCAAUGACAACAGUGGAAGACGACAACAUGAGAGUGGUGACCAGAGAUCUAAUAAUCCUAUUCCAGCAUCUAAUGGGCAGCCACAGCAAAGGCCUCGACAAGUGGUGGAGCAAGAUGAGGAGGAGGAGGAAGAGCUGACACUGAAAUAUGGGGCCAAGCAUGUGAUCAUGCUGUUUGUCCCUGUCACACUAUGUAUGGUAGUUGUGGUUGCAACCAUCAAGUCUGUCAGUUUUUAUACGCGCAAGGAUGGACAGCUGAUCUAUACUCCGUUUACAGAAGAUACAGAAACAGUUGGACAAAGAGCUCUGAAUUCUGUUCUCAAUGCUGCCAUCAUGAUUAGUGUCAUUGUUGUCAUGACUGUACUCCUGGUUGUGCUUUAUAAAUACAGGUGCUAUAAGGUGAUCCAUGGUUGGCUUAUUGUUUCUUCCCUCUUUUUGCUUUUCUUUUUCUCAUUUAUUUACUUAGGGGAAGUUUUUAAGACCUAUAACGUUGCCAUGGAUUACAUUACUGUAGCACUCAUGAUUUGGAACUUUGGUGUGGUAGGAAUGAUCUGCAUUCACUGGAAAGGCCCCCUCCGUCUUCAGCAAGCCUAUCUCAUUAUGAUAAGUGCUCUAAUGGCCUUGGUAUUUAUUAAAUAUCUUCCUGAAUGGACUGCUUGGCUCAUCUUGGCAGUAAUCUCAGUGUAUGAUCUGAUUGCAGUAUUAUCUCCCAAAGGGCCUCUUCGUAUGCUAGUAGAAACAGCUCAAGAAAGAAAUGAAACUUUGUUCCCGGCGCUCAUUUACUCAUCAACAAUGAUAUGGCUAGUAAAUAUGGCUGAAGAAGAUCCUGAAGCCCAGAAGAGAGCUUCCAAAGAUGCCACUUACAGUCAGCAAGUCACAGUGAAUCAAAACCAGAAUGCAGGUGCUGAGGCAGAUGAUGGAGGUUUCAACCCAGAGUGGGAGCAGCAACGAGACAACAGGAUUGGGCCAUUGCAAUCAACCCGUGAAACACGAGCAGCUGUACAGGCUCUUCCCAAUAAUUCCCCAGCCAGUGAGGACCCAGAAGAGAGGGGAGUUAAGCUUGGUUUAGGAGACUUCAUUUUCUACAGCGUUCUAGUUGGCAAAGCUUCAGCAACAGCCAGUGGAGACUGGAACACAACUUUAGCCUGUUUUGUAGCCAUUUUAAUUGGCCUGUGCCUUACUCUCUUGCUACUUGCCAUUUUUAAAAAGGCCUUACCAGCUCUUCCAAUUUCUAUCACUUUUGGGCUAGUUUUCUAUUUUGCCACAGAUAAUUUGGUGCAACCUUUUAUGGACCAAUUAGCUUUCCAUCAAUUUUAUAUCUAACACCCUUUCAGCUGACCACCUGCGGACGUUUUAUUGACUUUAGCAAAUAUGGGAGGGAGAAACUAUUUUCCUCUCAUUUCCUCAAACAGCUGCUAUGCUGGGCAUUACUGGAUUCUUCUUUGUAAAAAUGGUCUCUUCACCAGUGGGUUCUCUGCAAUUUGACUGCAGUUGGUUAUAUAUCUGUAGAAAAAAUGCCAGUGCUUUCACCAGCAACAUAAUUGCUCAGCACGGGGUUCCACCUUGCACAACUCAAGAAGGUUGAGGAUCCAUCCAACAUUGAGCAGUAUGGUGGUAAAUCAAGCUGAACUGCCUGAUGAGCGAGUGUGAUGCCGUAACAGAAACUAUCAGCGCCUGUAUCCUGAUGCGCUCAGAGAAGAGCAAUUGGGAGGAAAGAAUAUUGUCUUGUUUAAGGGGGAAAAAAAUCAAGCAAAUAAUGUCUUGCACUUUGUGUUAGGUUUUUCUUUCCAGUUCUAAUUGUCAUACUUGCAGAAUAGCCUUUAUGCUCACUUCCCAGAUCAGCACAGAACACACAUGUAGAUUCUGCUGCCAAACAUUUCUGUGAAUUUGGGGUACAGUAGGCUCAUCCUGGGAUCCUCUGUUUAAAAAAAAAAUCUAAUUUCUUAUUAAGCUAUGUAAUCUAUUUCUAGAUAUCUCCCCUUCCCUGAAGUAUCCUGAAUAUUCUUUCAGCCUUAUAGUGAGUUUUAUAAUUUAUUCCAAUGAAGAGGUGAGAAACUAAAAUCUAUAAAACAGCAACAGAACAUUGCAAUGAAAUCUUGUGGGUUUUUUUAAAAAAAACUUCCAUCUUUUGUUCUGAAACAUUUUUUUAAUAAUUCCUUGGGACUAUUUUAUAGAAAAGUGUAUCUUUGCAUGCAUAUUGCAAUAUAAAAUUAAAAAGAAUGAUACAAACUAUUAACUCUCUCCCCCCCAGACUGCAAUGAAGCCAUCUUGUGGGAAUGAAAAAUACAUCUCAAACAUCCACAUCGACUUGUCAAAUAAGUUAUAUAAUCUAAUUAUUCGAAUCUAGCUUGACCUCAUAAGUUCAUUCAGAAAAUUUGGGGAGGGGGGGCAGCGGCACAGGAGAGGUAACUUAAUUUUGCUGUACGUGUAUUCUUUGUUCAGAAUCAUUUCAGAAUUUUCCUAAUGGGGAUUUCUGUUAAUGUCCCCCUUCACUCGCACACUAAAAAACAAUCACCUGUCAGAAGUGGGGUGCUUCCCAUGAAAACCUAUUGCCUAUACUGCCUUCCUUGUUCAACGCAUGUUGAGAAUGCCAUCUGUUAGGCUGCAAAGGAAAUUGGAACAUGUAGCUGCCUAGCUCGUCCUAAAGCGCUGAAUAACAUCCAGCUGCCUGUUGCAUACAGUCAGUAAAAUGAAAACAUUCUGUGUAUACAUACAUAAACACACACACACACCAGAUGUUUUGUUGCUAUUUUGUUUGUACUGAUGCUCACUUGAGCGUCUUUCUUUGGUUUGUGAAGCUGGGAUUAUCGAUAUAAGACUACCAAAGGAGACUGCCAAAACCUGGUAACUGCUGCUGAGCUUAUCCAAGCACUGUUAUCAGCAGUACCGGUGUGCAGUGUAACUGCUGAGAGUUUUAUUCCAGAGAUCAUUUGAGCAUGAUCAUCAUACAGAUCACUUGCUAGCCACCAAACUAAGCACUUCAGCCAGCCCUUACAGAAGCCAAUAAAAGCUUUCCAUGAAUUUCAAAGAGCUCUUAGAAACAUAUUUAUAAUAACAGUAGGAGUCUUCACUGACUUGUUGAGCCAUUUUUAGGUCCUAGUUCUUAAUAAGGUGGUAAACUAGGCUUUUCCCCAACUUACUGCCUUCUCUCUGUCUUGGGAUUUCUAGAAUAUUCCCUGGGAAUUUCAAUAAUUGUAUUUUCAACACUUCUGGAAGGCAUCAGGUUGGUAGGUAUCUGUCUAUAGAUUGCAGCAGCAUAAACUGCAAACACAGGCUACUGUGAUAGAAUAUUCCUUCGUGGAAACAAUUUUUUUUACUAGAAAAGUAAUUUAGGGCAAGAUUGCCUCUCCUGGGCAUAUUCAUUUAGGUGAAGGAAUGGGGUAUUCUGUCAUACAAGUCCACACUUGUCAUCUCAAGCCUUGCAGAUGUAAGUUUACUAUCUCUUUGAGAACUUAAUCAUUGUCAUAAGGCUUGUAAUGAUUCUACAGUACCUAAAUGUGAACGUGUGUCUGCUUUAUCCAAAGUUAUGAGGGCAGAAAGGGACAAUGGUUUUUAAUGAACAAUCAACCUUAAUAUUAAAUACCCCAAGUAUUCCCUGUGGGUUUUGAGCAUGCAUCUAGGAAAUGCAAACAGGUCUGAGAAGAAAAGCAUGUUUGUUGCAAAAUGUUAGACUGUUUGCAGUAUUAUUAUUUACUCAAAAGCAACUCUAAAUUAGUUUGGGGAUAUAGCAAGCAUCAACUUGGUUGCAAAUAAUUAUGAAUCAAUUUUAAGUUUCCUGGAUGUCAGUUUAACUCUAGGCAGCAAUAGCUUGAAUGCAUUAGACAUCAGUACCUUCUGAAAAGCAGCCACACACAGUAUAUGACUCAGUAUGCAAACACUGUGUUGAUCAGGCCCAUGAGAAUUGCCUUAAGAAUCCCUUAAUACAGUGGCUUGGUACCUUCUCUUAUCGUCAAAUUUAUUCUGAUUGUUAUGGGACUAUUUAACAGAAGCUUGCAAGUCAAAAGAUUUAAAAAGUUAUAAUGUGAAAGUGAAUUUCUUGUACUUUUUUUUUGUCUUUUGCAUUAGACUUUAGACUUUUUUGCAAACAAAAGCUAAGUUGCUAUCUGUAGCAGAAUUUGAAACCUGUCUUAAUUUUCACUAAUACUUGAUAUACGAUCAGUGCGGUGUAUUCAAACCCUAAUAAUUACCAAAUUUCUAAGGGCUGUAGUAAGCUGAAAAAGCUGAAUCUUCUUCUAGUAUAAAGCACAGUUUGGAUGUCUUCAGUCCACAAGGGAUGUUGCAGCUAGGAUUCUAUCAUACGCGUUGCUGAUGCAGCAAGAGAAACAAAUAUUAGAGUACAUUGGGGAAAGAUUUUUAGGAAGGAUAAAGGAAGACAGAUCAGUUUUAUUAAUAAAUUAUUUUUGCAGUUAUGCAUAAAGAUCAUUUAUGGGAAAUCCAUAGCACAUGGAUCUGUACAGAGGUGUGAUUUUGUCUUGUAUUACUGGUUUGCAAGUAAGAAUACUGGAAAUGCAAUAGAAUUGGAUUUUUAGUCCAUUUUGUUUUGUUUUGUUUUUCAGACACUGGUUUGUGCAUUAUCUGAAAUGAAUGUGAAUAAGCCUUUUAAAAACACCUUUUCAAUUAAGAUAUAAUUUUGAUAGGUCGUUGCUAUUUUCCUUGUAUUUAUCAAAUUAUUAACAAUAAAUAAUGCAUGGACCCAA